AUGGGAUCAGCUGGUAGAGCUAUCGGACCCGAUGGGAAGCCUCUGAAGCAGUCAAAUAACAAGGGUCACAACAAUAAUAACAAUAACAACCGUAAUAACCAAAAAGGCGGCAAAGUUAACAAAGGCAAUAGACAAGGUGGUCCUCAAAACCGUGGAAAUGAACGUUUCCGUCCCUCAGGACCUCCACCUUUGAUGAGCUUGAAUGGUCGAGCCGGUAAUAUGAGGGGAGGCCCCAUGCCCGGGCCAGGCUUUAUGAAUAAUGCUGGUCCACCGAUGGGUGGAAUUAUUAACAAUCCUAUGAUGGGUAAUGGUGGUCCAAUGAUGGGAGGAGGAGGACCAAUGAUGGGUAGUGGUGGUCCACCACUUAGAGGUUCAGGUCCUGAUCCUCAUGGAAAUUAUGGAUAUUUCCGUGGAGAGAUGCCUAUUCCUAGAUCGAUGGGCGACGAAAGGAACGGCUCUAACCAACCAGCUGGGAUAACAACCGGACUUCCAAUUAACAAGCCAGGAUUCGAAAAUCCCAACAAUUUCGGGAAUAAUAAUCAAUCUAUGACAAUCAACAACAACAAGCGUGCACUUUCUCCACCUCCAACUUCUUCUGCGAUUCCCGGGGAAGUUCCAGGAUUCGGAAACAACAGUAGUAUUCAUGAGUUAUUUGGAAAAAUGGUCUGGAAGAAAAUGGAAGGAUUACGUGAUCAGGCGGUUAUUGAUCGUCUUCAAAACAGAAUAAUGAACCUCAUUCACGAUGCUUUAGCUGAUCAGAGUGCUGGUACUCCAACUCAGCCUUCUUUAGGAAACGUACAGUCACAGUACAAUCCCAGCUUAGCAGCUAAGCAAGAAGUUAACUUCCGAAACUUCUAA